UGACCUAACCCUAACCCAAACACCACUUAGCUACUAAGCUUCCCUAUCAUAAAAAGGAUAAAACUCAUUUUACAUACUGUAUAUCUACUCUCUCUCCUCUCCUCUCUCUUCACUCUUCCAUAACCUCACCAACAGCAACACGCCGAACUUAACAAGAAGAAUAUACAGUUAUCGCGUGAGGCUAGUGGGAUAAGUCAUGGUUAGUCCAGCUCAAUUUUUGGUGAAUUCUUCCGCAAUUUCUUUCCACCUCUUCUCUGGUGAGGCCAUGGAUCAACUAACAGCUCAGGGCCGUUCUUUGCCGCCUCCCUUUCACGGUAGAGAUCUUCAACUCCACCACCACCAGUUUCAGCACCACCAGCACCAACAGAAUCCCGAAGAUGAAAAGAGUGGAAAUAGCAAUCCCAACAGGAACCCGAAGCGAGAUCCCGAUGAGAAUUAUGGUGUUUCCACCACCACUACCACCACAAGUUCCAACACACACCCAACCGGAGGCAAAGAUCUAGUGCCUAUCUAUGGGGAAGGAGAGGUUACAAGAAGACCUAGAGGAAGACCCGCUGGUUCCAAGAACAGGCCCAAACCCCCAAUCAUAAUCACUCGAGAUAGUGCAAACGCACUAAAAUCUCAAGUCAUGGAAGUUGCCAAUGGUUGUGAUAUUCAAGACUGUAUAUCCACUUUUGCCACAAGGCGGCAAAGAGGGGUUUGCAUCUUGAGCGGCAGUGGUACCGUCACUAAUGUUACUAUAAGGCAACAAGCUGCACCAGGAGCAGUAGUGACCUUAAAUGGAAGAUUCGAAAUUCUGUCCCUCUCAGGUUCGUUUUUGCCACCUCCAGCUCCUCCUGUUGCUUCAGGAUUAACCAUAUAUUUAGCCGGAGGGCAAGGCCAAGUUGUUGGUGGCAGCGUGGUGGGGCCUCUUCUCGCUUCUGGGCCUGUGGUGAUUAUGGCAGCGACAUUUGGUAAUGCAGCAUAUGAGAGGCUUCCUCUAGAGGAUGAAGAAUUGCCGGUGCCUGGAAGCGGCCCCCCUGGAUCACCGGGAAUUGUUGGCCAACAACAACAGCAAGGGCAGCAGCAGCCACCACAACUUAUGGCUGAUCCUAAUUCAAAUCUUUUUCAUGGGAUGCCACCAAAUCUAAUAAAUUCAUGCCAGUUACCAGCUGAGGCCUACUGGGGGACAGGUCGUCCUCCCUUCUAACGAAAUAAAAAACCAGGAUCCCUGAGUUUCGCUUGACAUGAUUUCACUUCAAAAUCACUUUGUAUUCUUCUUAAUUUCUUUGAAACUAGCUUUAAUUUGAGUUCAUGGUGUCAUCUGAUGAUUGGUCUGUGUUUUAAUUGAAGAGGGAUAUACAAAUCCAUGAAUUCUUGUGGUUUGAUUUUAUGAGAUCAGCUUUUCAGCAUUCA